GCGUCCCCCCCCCCCCCUCGCGCCGCUGUCAGGCGGGGGGCCGCCUCGUUUGGGUGUGGGGCGGCAUAAGUGCGCGUGCGCACUGCGGGCUGGGUUGCAGCAGGCAGAGCACAGCACGAGCGAAGCCAAGCGGCGGCGGCGGCGGUUGAGCUCGCGGUCGGUUCCUCUCACGCCCCAUCACCAUGGCCGAUGACCUGGACUUCGAGACCGGCGACGCCGGGGCCUCCGCCACCUUCCCCAUGCAGUGCUCGGCCCUGCGCAAAAACGGCUUCGUGGUGCUCAAGGGGCGUCCCUGCAAGAUCGUCGAGAUGUCCACCUCCAAGACGGGCAAGCACGGGCACGCCAAGGUGCACCUGGUCGGCAUCGACAUCUUCACCGGGAAGAAAUACGAAGAUAUCUGCCCUUCCACCCACAACAUGGACGUGCCCAACAUCAAGAGAAACGACUUCCAGCUGAUCGGGAUCCAGGACGGGUACCUGUCCCUCCUCCAGGACAGCGGGGAAGUGCGGGAGGACCUACGUCUGCCCGAGGGCGACCUGGGCAAAGAGAUUGAGCAGAAAUACGACUGCGGAGAAGAGAUCCUGAUCACCGUGCUGUCCGCCAUGACCGAGGAAGCUGCUGUCGCCAUCAAAGCCAUGGCUAAAUAAAGGAACCACAGGGCAGCGGCAGCAACUUUUACUACGAACCAGAGAGAAUUGCGACCCCCCCCCCAAAACCGGCUCCAUGUGGCUCAGCCCCCCCCAACACCCCCCAGCCUCCCCCGGGGGGGGAUUUAAACCCACAGAACAAAAAUCCUUUUAAUUUGGUCUUUGUUUGGUUCUGGAAGCUGAUCUCCCCCCCCUCCCCCCGCGGCCCCCCCCCUCCGGGGUGCUCGGAACACUACAGGGGUGCGAGGAAGGGGGGGGGAUUAUUUAAAGGGGCGGGAGAGAAAUUGACACAAGCGGGGUGGGAAGCCUCCCCCCAAAAAACCUGGCCAUUGUGGGUCUCAGAGCCCCCCAAAGUCCCUGCAGCUCUCAGGUCCCUCUGUAAGGGGGGGGGGGUGCCCCAACCCCAGCAGAAAACAGACACUCUGCCCCCUCCCCCUGCAGGCCCCCCCCCCUUGUUUGGCCUCUCCUAGGUCAAAAAGGCUGGUGAGUGACUGCGGGGGGGAGGGCACAGUAUCCUGCUGCCUUCUCAUUGGCUGAGGUGACCCUGAGCUGUCUGCUUCCCGUCAUCCCCCCCCAGCUGUGGGGCAGCUGUUGCCAGGGGCGAUGCCCCUGUUCUGGCCCCGCCCCCCACUGUUUGGAGGAGGGGGAGCUGCGCCCCCCGCCCCAGCACCCCCCCUGUCGCCUCCCUGCCGGAGCUCUCGGGGUGCGGGCAAAGGGGGGGUGUCCUUGGUCACUCACUAGCCCCCCCUUCUCCAGGUUCACCCUCCCCCGCCCUGCUGUCAAGGGGUCACUGCCCCCCCCCAUUUGUUAAUCAGCCUCAAUAAAAGAAGUUUAAUACGAA